CGUGAGGACUACGUAGCAACCUUUAAGGGGUCAGAGUAUUUCUGCUUUGACCUGUCUCCCAGCCCCAUCCAGUCCUCUAGUGAUGAGAUCACCCUGAGCUUUAAGACCCUGCAGAGGAACGGCCUAAUGCUCCACACGGGCAAGUCAGCCGACUACGUCAACCUGGCCUUAAAGAACGGGGCCGUGUCACUGGUCAUCAACCUGGGGUCCGGGGCCUUCGAGGCCCUGGUGGAGCCGGUUAACGGGAAGUUUAACGAUAACUCCUGGCACGAUGUCAAGGUCACGCGCAACCUGAGACAGGUAACCUGGCAACUGCAGGGGAGGGGCGAGAUGAAGGGAGAGGGGGUUAUAGGGAGAGUGGGUUAUAGAAACGGGGUUAUAGAAAGAGGGGGUUAUAGGGAGAGGGGGUUAUAGAAAGAGGGGGUUAUAGAGAGAGGGGGUUAUAGAGGGGGGAUUAUAGGGAGAAAGAGAAAGGGAUAAAGAGGGUGAGAGAGGGAACGACAGGCAGCGAGAAAGAGGGUGUAUUUGUCUUAAACUCACUGUGUGUGUGUGUGUGUUAGCGUCAGGGCUGGGGGCACUAUGGUGCUCCUAACUGUAGUCUUCUGCUGUUUGCCUGUGUGCACCAACCACUAACUACUAACUACUUACUAACCUGAUAGUAAUACUAACUAACCUCCAUCCAUGGAAUGUGUCAUACUACUAACCUGUUGCCUUCUCCUAGCCUUUUCCACUCCUCUCUAACCUCCACUGGCCUUCUACCUUUUCUUUGUCCUUUACGGAUGUUGUUCUGUUCACACUUUUUGCUUUCCUUCCUCCCCCUCUCCACAAAGCACUCAGGCAUUGGACACGCUAUGGUAAACAAACUCCAUUGUUUGGUAGAUAUAAUUCUAAUCCUUUCCUAGUUUCGGUUACUCUAUUAUUUUCUGAGCCGUAGAACAACUAAAACUAUACUAGAACAGGAUGACGGCGGUUGGUACUCUACGCUUAACAAUCCCUCCUCCUAGCCACACUCUUUUUUUCGACCUUUCCUUUUACCUUUUUCCGACGUUCACCCCAUUUUCCCCGUGGUUGACAUGUAGGCGUCCUGAUUGGCUCAUUCCUCAGCUGCACGCAAUUGGCCACUCCACCUGCAUGGUGCAACUUCAGUUCCUGCCUCUCUGGUUUGUCUAUUAGACAACGAGACAGAGGCCAACCUCCUUCCCCCUUUUUAAUUUCCUCCUAUUCUAUUUCUCCAUUCCUCCUCUGCAUGCUGUCCAUCCUGCUGCUGAGCCCUGGCUCUUCUGUUGUUGUUUUGUUUUGUUGUUCCUAUCUCCCUCCCGCAGUUGACUGCAUGCAGCGAGAGGCGGCAGCAUGUGUGUGGAAUGACUAACCCAUUUAACACUGUGUGUGUGAGUCAGUGUAUGUGUCACAUCAUUCAGACCUGCUAAUCUGACUAACUCCCCACUCCACACGCACACAUACACACACUCUAACCCAUAGCCCCUACCCCUCACAAACUCCAAACCUCAACACUAUCAUCACUACUAGCAUCUUGUUUAUCACUAAACUCAACACUACUAACAGCAUUAACAACAUUUACUAUCAGAAUACUAACUACUACCUAACACACUAACAGAUUGUGGCUGCUGAGCCUCUGUUGAGGCCUUGCUAACACAUGCCUGAUUAACCACAUUAGCUACUUGUGUUAAUGCUAUAUAGCCAGGGUAAUCCUGGUUAGCUACUUAUGCUAAUGCUAUAUAGCCAGGGUAAUCCUGGUUAGGUACUUAUGCUAAUGCUAUAUAGCCAGGGUAAUCCUGGUUAGGUACUUAUGCUAAUGCUAUAUAGCCAGGGUAAUCCUGGUUAGGUACUUAUGCUAAUGAAAUAUAGCCAGGGUAAUCCUUGUUAGCUACUGAUGCCUAAGCUAGCUACAGCCUGAGCUGACUACACAUGUUACUGUAAACUACUCGGUGGGUUAGCCAUUGUUGCUAAUGAACUAGUCAACAUCAAGCUUGUUUGCGUUUUAUAGAACCAAUGUUUAUUCCUUUGGUUGUUCUCAUGGCAGAUCGAUUAUGAAGGUCCAAAUGUGUUGUGGAUCCACUGACAGAGAAGACUGAGUGCUGCUUUUCUUUAGGUUAAAUAUUUCCAUAAGAAGUUAAAAUUCACAAUAGGGAACAUUGAUUUGGGGUCAAAUUCCGCCCUCCCGUUGCACCGAGUGAACUGAAUACACCUACUCUCUUUCCUUGUGCGCGUGGUGAUAUUAAGGCAGAACAGCAGAGAAUUUAUGCUUUUUGAGGUCUUCAGAGUGGAGAUUCGGAAGUGAGGCAAUGAAUCUACAAGAAACACCUCCCCCAAUUUGCCAAACCACCAUUGUCUGUGUAUGGAAUGGGGAGUUCCAAUUUCCCUCCAUGCAAUGCUCCACGCAAUAGAUUCAGCAAGAAGCAUAAAUUGCCUAUUAGUCAGCUAAUGUUAACUAGCUGUAUAAGCUAAUACCAUAGCUGGCAAAAUAAUGAACGUAGCUAGCUAGCUUUUAGCUAAAUAUUUGCAUUGACUGGUAGGAGGCAUAUUGCCACGAGGAAAGAAAUGUAGGGGUGAAGGUCACCCCCCAGGGCAGAAUGUAGAUGCAUAGCAUCUUGUCCAUGAUGCCCUGGGGGCAGAGAACUUGGUAAAAUUGGUUAAAUGGUUUAAGGCCACAAUGUUGUAGUACUCGACUCCAGGAUUCGACGAUUUCCAUGACUUGGAGCUCGGCCAGUGUUGACUUGAAUUUGGACUCAGGUAAAGUCUCUCCCUUGCAUAACAUGUAUAUCCCGUGCAAUGUCCUAGCUACAAAUCAAAUCAAAGUCUAUUGGUCACGUACACAGAUCUGCAGAUGUUAUUGCAGGUGCAGCAAAAUGCUUGUGUUUCUAGCUCCAACAGUGCAGUAGUACCUAGCAAUAAUUUUUAAAUAAACUAUACACACAUAAUCCAGAUUUUUUUUUUUUUAAGAAAAAAAUUAAGAAAUGUCAAAAUGAGCAAUGUCAGAGUCUGGAAUAUAAAUGUACAUGUAAAUGAUGGUGUCUAUAGACAGUAUGGACAGUAUAUGAAUAGAAAAGGUUUGUACAUCAGUAGUUAUAUGGGAUGAGUCAUGACUAGAAUACAGUAUAUACAUACAGUGCCUUCGAGAAAGUAUUCAUACCCCUUGACUUAUUCCAUAUUGAAAAUCUGUGGAAAGACUUGAAGAUUGCUGUUUACUGCAGAAUAAUGGGAAAAAAUCCCCAAAUCCAGAUUUGCAAAGCUGAUACAGACAUGCCCAAGACGACUCAAAGCUGUAAUUGCCGUCAAAGGUGCUUCUACAAAGUAUUGACUUAGGGGUGUGAAUAGUUAUGUAAAUGAGAUAUGUAUGUACAGUGGGGAGAACAAGUAUUUGAUACACUGCCGAUUUUGCAGGUUUUCCUACUUACAAAGCAUGUAGAGGUCUGUAAUUGUUAUCAUAGGUACACUUCAACUGUGAGAGACGGAAUCUAAAACAAAAAUCCAGAAAAUCACAUUGUAUGAUUUUUAAGUAAUUAAUUUGCAUUUUAUUGCAUGACAUAAGUAUUUGAUCACCUACCAACCAGUAAGAAUUCCGGCUCUCACAGACCUGUUCGUUUUUCUUUAAGAAGCCCUCCUGUUCUCCACUCAUUACCUGUAUUAACUGCACCUGUUUGAACUCGUUACAUGUAUAAAAGACACCUGUCCACACACUCAAUCAAACUGACUCCAACCUCUCCACAAUGGCCAAGACCAGAGAGCUGUGUAAGGACAUCAGGGAUAAAAUUGUAGACCUGCACAAGGCUGGGAUGGGCUACAGGACAAUAGGAAAGCAGCUUGGUGAGAAGGCAACAACUGUUGGCGCAAUUAUUAGAAAAUGGAAGAAGUUCAAGAUGACGGUCAAUCACCCUCGGUCUGGGGCUCCAUGCAAGAUCUCAUCUCGUGGGGGCAUCAAUGAUCAUGAGGAAGGUGAGGGAUCAGCCCAGAAUACACGGCAGGACCUGGUCAAUGACCUGAAGAGAGCUGGGACCACAGUCUCAAAGAAAACCAUUAGUAACACACUAUGCCGUCAUGGAUUAAACUCCUGCAGCGCACGCAAGGUCCCCCUGCUCAAGCCAGCGCAUGUCCAGGCCCGUCUGAAGUUUGCCAAUGACCAUCUGGAUGAUCCAGAGGAGGAAUGGGAGAAGGUCAUGUGGUCUGAUGAGACAAAAAUAGAGCUUUUUGGUCUAAACUCCACUCGCCAUGUUUGGAGGAAGAAGAAGGAUGAGUACAACCCCAAGAACACCAUCCCAACCGUGAAGCAUGGAGGUGGAAACAUCAUUCUUUGGGGAUGCUUUUCUGCAAAGGGGACAGGACGACUGCACCGUAUUGAGGGGAGGAUGGAUGGGGCCAUGUAUCGCGAAAUCUUGGCCAACAACCUCCUUCCCUCAGUAAGAGCAUUGAAGAUGGGUCGUGGCUGGGUCUUCCAGCAUGACAACGACCCGAAACACACAGCCAGGGCAACUAAGGAGUGGCUCCGUAAGAAGCAUCUCAAGGUCCUGGAGUGGCCUAGCCAGUCUCCAGACCUAAACCCAAUAGAAAAUCUUUGGAGGGAGCUGAAAGUCCGUAUUGCCCAGCGACAGCCCCGAAACCUGAAAGAUCUGGAGAAGGUCUGUAUGGAGGAGUGGGCCAAAAUCCCUGCUGCAGUGUGUGCAAACCUGGUCAAGACCUACAGGAAACGUAUGAUCUCUGUAAUUGAAAACAAAGGUUUCUGUACCAAAUAUUAAGUUCUGCUUUUCUGAUGUAUCAAAUACUUAUGUCAUGCAAUAAAAUGCAAAUUAAUUACUUAAAAAUCAUACAAUGUGAUUUUCUGGAUUUUUGUUUUAGAUUCUGUCUCUCACAGUUGAAGUGUACCUAUGAUAAAAAUUACAGACCUCUACAUGCUUUGUAAGUAGAAAAACCUGCAAAAUCGGCAGUGUAUCAAAUACUUGUUCUCCCCACUGUAUAUAUAUAUACACACACUGCUCAAAAAAAUAAAGGGAACACUAAAAUAACACAUCCUAGAUCUGAAUGAAUGAAAUCAUCUUAUUAAAUACUUUUUUCUUUACAUAGUUGAAUGUGCUGACAACAAAAUCACACAAAUUAUCAAUGGAAAUCAAAUGUAUCAACCCAUGGAGGUCUGGAUUUGGAGUCACCCUCAAAAUUAAAGUGGAAAACCACACUACAGGCUGUUCCAACUUUGAGGAAAACCUGCAAAAUCGGCAGUGUAUCAAAUACUUGUUCUCCCCACUGUAUUUCAUUUUCAAUACAUUUGCAAACAUUUCUAAAAACGUAAAUAGAUUUAAUAGAUUUUGAAUUUGGGCUGUAAAACAACAAAAUGUGGAAUAAGUCAAGGGGUAUGAAUACUUUCUGAAGGCACUGUAUGAAGUGGGUGGAACAGUAUGUAAACAUUAUUAAAGUGACCAGUGUUCAAUGACUCUAUGUACAUAGGGCAGCAGUCUCUAAGGUGCAGGGUAGAGUACCGGGUGGUACAACAGCACAUUUUAGGUAGCUUCAGUAGCUAGAUAUUUUAAAUUAGGAACUUAUCUUGAAAGAUUGUUGGACCGCAGCCUUUAGCCCAAUCAAGGGACUAGUGACUCGACCCGAGCUUGAGUAUAAAGGACACAGACUUGGACUCAGAUUUGCUUUGUUCUGCCUGCAGGACAGAUCUGGUUGGUUCUAUAAUACUCUAACAAGCCCAAACCACCUCAUCACACAGACAGGAAACAGGUCCAAACACGCUAGACCAAUGAAAUAACAGAAAAACACAGUUAGACCAAUCAAUUCAUACAAACCAAACACAGAUAGACAAAUCAAAUCACAGACCUAACACAGCUAGACCAAUCAAAUCACAGACCAGUCCAAUACAACUAACCAAUCAAUCCAAUCCACUGACCAACCAACCACAGCCAAGACCAGACCACCUCCCCAGAACCUACCAAGUCAGUAGGGGGCAGACUAAUUUGGCUGGCUAGCGCGUAGCGCUGCAUUUGGUGUGAGUAUAGCGUGCCCUUUCCCUGUGCUUUGUUGCAUAGGUGACCAUCUCUGUGGAUGGCAUCCUGACUACUACGGGCUACACCCAGGAAGACUACACCAUGUUGGGCUCAGACGAUUUCUUCUACGUGGGUGGAAGUCCCAGUACUGCUGACCUCCCUGGAUCUCCUGUUAGCAACAACUUCAUGGGCUGCCUUAAAGAGGUGGGGAGUACACACACACACACACACACAUACACACAAUCUAUACAUUAUACACACAUGCAUACACACGUCUACAUAUGCACACAUCAUAAUCACAUACAGAGCUAGGCCUACAGGCUUCUCUGUAGCUCAAUUGGUAGAGCAUGGCGCUUGUAACGCCAGGGUAGUGGGUUUGAUCCCUGGGACCACCCAUACGUAAACAUUUAUGCACACAUGACUGUAAGUCGCUUUGGAUAAAAGCGUCUGCUAAAUGGCAUAUUAUAUUAUAUUCUCCACAGGCUCAUUAUCUCAUACAGUAUAUAUGGUAAUAAGGCACACAGAGAGAUACACACUUCUCAUACAGUAUAUACGGUAAUAAGGCACACAGAGAUACACACACAUCUCAUACAGUAUAUACGGUAAUAAGGCACACAGAGAGAUACACACACUUCUCAUACAGUAUAUACGGUAAUAAGGCACACAGAGAUACACACACAUCUCAUACAGUAUAUACGGUAAUAAGGCACACAGAGAGAUACACACACAUCUCAUACAGUAUAUACGGUAAUAAGGCACACAGAGAGAUACACACACAUCUCAUACAGUAUAUACGGUAAUAAGGCACACAGAGAGAUACACACACAUAUCAUACAGUAUAUACGGUAAUAAGGCACACAGAGAGAUACACACACAUCUCAUACAGUAUAUACGGUAAUAAGGCACACAGAGAGAUACACACACACAUCUCAUACAGUAUAUACGGUAAUAAGGCACACAGAGAGAUACACACACACACAUCUCAUACAGUAUAUACGGUAAAAAGGCACACAGAGAGAUACACACACACACACCUCAUACAGUAUAUACGGUAAUAAGGCACACAGAGAGAUACACACACACACACCUCAUGCAGUAUAUACGGUAAUAAGGCACACAGAGAGAUACACACACAUCUCAUACAGUAUAUACGGUAAUAAGGAAACACUCACACAUUUGGCAGUAGCAUACUGCACUCACUCUCCCUCUGCAGGCUUCAGUAUCAGAGAGAAUCAGUGAUGAGUGUUGCUGAGGGAGCAGACGCAGCGCUAAGCGCUAACAUGCUAAUUGGCUCCGCCACCGAGACCCUCUAUCCAUCCGCUCUGCUCCAAAUGGGCCAACGGCACACACACACACACACACACACAUACACACAUGCGCACACACACACACAAACAGACAGAUGAUGUGCCAACAGUGAUAUCAUUAGUUGUGUGUGUGUGUGUGUGUGUGUGUGUGUGUGGUUGAUUGGUACUGAUGGUGUUGUAGGCAGGCUGCUGUCAUUUACAUAUCUAAUUUGAUCGUAUGCUAAUCCAUGGGAAAUAAUUCAGAUGUAUGACGGAACACACUUGCAUGACUGAUCAUUAGCCCUGUACAAUAGUUAAUGCCCACCAACACACACAUUUAUGCACAUACACAAAUACAAACACACACACACACAUAUAAAAGGCUGCAUCUCAUUAGUUCUUCCUCCUCAUAUCCUCUCUUCAUCUCCUCUCCUCAUCUCCUCUCCUCAUUUCCUCUCCUCAUCUCCUCUCCAUGUCUCCUCUCCUUCAUCUAGACUGGUAUGGAAACACAGGUUUGGUGGAAGCAACAUGACAGUGAUAACUGAGGCUUUGCUUUCUUCCGUCCAACUAGUUCUGAUCAUUGUGACUGAAGGAGAGGAGACAAGGAGAGAGGAGAUACAAGACUAUUGAUUUGCACUCUUGCUCUCUACCUUAAUAACCUCUUAUCCCUGACCCUUACCCUGACCCCUCAACCCUGACCUCUAGGUGGUGUAUAAGAACAAUGAUGUACGGUUGGAGUUGUCUCGGCUGGCUAAGCAGGGAGAUGCUAAAAUGAAGGUAAGACAUCAUAGUUUCUUAUUGGCUGGUGUCAAAUCACAUCCUAACCCUUAAAGGGGAAUGGAAACACUAGGAUUUAGAAUGCCAGCUAACUGUAACUGUACAUUUACUUCCUAAAGUGUUUCCAGUACCCUUUAUGUAGUCCAUUGCUACACAGCCCUAUUCCUCAGUGUUUCACUUUAUUUAGUUGUUUCGAUUUAAUGUGUGGCAUUUUUAAAUGCACUUUAAAUAACAUUUGAUUUGAUUCGAUUUGACUACAGGGCCCUGAAGAAAAUAAGUAAUAUACAAAAUAAAUAAUAAAUAAUUGAGAUGAACAAACUAACUUAAAAAACGUUCCCAUCCAUCAGGUGAGCGGUAUAGUGGCGUUUAAGUGUGAGAGCGUGGCGACCCUCGAUCCCGUGACCUUUGACACCCCAGAAUCGUUUGUGGCAUUGAGCAAGUGGAGCGCCAAGAAGGCGGGGUCAAUCUCCUUUGACUUCAGAACGACAGAACCCAAUGGACUGAUGCUCUUCAGCCACGGGAAACCACGGCAACAGCAACGCAAAGACCCCCGCACACCCCCCACCCUAAAGGUAAAGAGACACACACACACUGUUCAAAUAAACCUACCAUUAAAAUUAUAGACUGAUCAUUUCUUUGUCAGUGGGCAAACGUACAAAAUCAGCAGGGGAUCAAAUACUUUUUUCCCUCAUCAAAUCAAAUCAAAUCAAAUUUUAUUGGUCACAUGCGCCGAAUACAACAGGUGCAGACAUUACAGUGAAAUGCUUACUUACAGCCCUUAACCAACAGUGCAUUUAUUUUUAACAAAAAAUGUUGAGAAAAAAAGAGCAGAAGUAAUAUAAAAUAACAGUAGGGAGGCUAUAUAUACAGGGGGGUACCGUUGCAGAGUCAAUGUGCGGGGGCACCGGCUAGUUGAGGUAAUAUGUACAUGUGGGUAGAGUUAAAGUGACUAUGCAUAAAUAAUUAACAGAGUAGCAGCAGCGUAAAAAGGAUGGGGUGGGGGAGCAGUGCAAAUAGUCCGGGUAGCCAUGAUUAGCUGUUCAGGAGUCUUAUGGCUUGGGGGUAGAAGCUGUUGAGAAGUCUUUUGGACCUAGACUUGGCACUCCGGUACCGCUUGCCGUGCGGUAGCAGAGAGAACAGUCUAUGACUAGGGUGGCUGGAGUCUUUGACAAUUUUGAGGGCCUUCCUCUGACACCGCCUGGUAUAGAGGUCCUGGAUGGCAGGAAGCUUGGCCCCAGGGAUGUACUGGGCCGUACGCACUACCCUCUGUAGUGCCUUGCGGUCGGAGGCCAAGCAGUUGCCAUACCAGGCGGUGAUGCAACCAGUCAGGAUGCUCUCGAUGGUGCAGCUGUAUAAUUUUUUGAGGAUCUGAGGACCCAUGCCAAAUCUUUUCAGUCUCCUGAGGGGGAAUAGGCUUUGUCGUGCCCUCUUCACGACUGUCUUGGUGGGUUUGGACCAUGAUAGUUCGUUGGUGAUGUGGACACCAAGGAACUUGAAGCUCUCAACCUGUUCCACUACAGCCCCGUCGAUGAGAAUGGGGGCGUGCUCAGUCCUCUUUUUUUUCCUGUAGUCCACAAUCAUCUCCUUUGUCUUGGUCACGUUGAGGGAGAGGUUGUUGUCCUGGCACCACACGGCUAGGUCUCUGACCUCCUCCCUUUAGGCUGUCUCAUCGUUGUCGGUGAUCAGGCCUACCACUGUUGUGUCGUCGGCAAACUUAAUGAUGGUGUUGGAGUCGUGCCUGGCCAUGCAGUCAUGGGUGAACAGAGAGUACAGGAGGGGACUGAGCACGCACCCCUGAGGGGCCCCCGUGUUGAGGAUCAGUGUGGCAGAUGUGUUGUUACCUACCCUUACCACCUGGGGGCAGCCCGUCAGGAAGUCCAGGAUCCAGUUGCAGAGGGAGGUGUUUAGUCCCAGGAUCCUUAGCUUAGUGAUGAGCUUAGAGGGCACUAUGGUGUUGAAUGCUGAGCUGUAGUCAAUGAAUAGCAUUCUCAUGUAUGUAUGUAUGUAUGUAUGUAUGUAUGUAUGUAUGUAUGUAUGUAUGUAUGUAUGUAUGUAUGUAUGUAUGUAUGUAUGUAUGUAUGUAUGUAUGUAUGUAUGUAUGUGUGUAUGUAUGUAUGUGUGUAUAUAUGUGUAUUUAUAUAUAUAUCGUAUGUAGCUAGCUAGCUAACAAUUAUUCGUGGCUAUUUGGCUAACUAACAGUAGUAGCUAGCCAGUUAGCCCUAUUGACUUACUAUGGGCUUGCGAUCUACGCGCACUACAGUGGGUAUUGUAGACAGGUAAACAUGCCAAAAUUAACACAGCAUGUAUUAAUUACCGUAUUAAGAUAAAAUAUUGUAGUCAGGCAACAUAUGAGAUGUCAAUAGGCAACAUUUCAUUCCAAAGUCGGAGUGUAUUGUCUCUCGCUUUAGCUCAAAUAAUGGCGCCAUUGAUUUCAAUAAAUUGUACGUAAUUCUUUACUUGGUUGCAUCAUAUUUCUGUGCAUACUUUCCGUUGACGCUUGCAUCGAUGCAUGCUUCAGAAUAUGUACAAACUGAGUACGCAGUACACAUUCGUAAAGUGCAAUCCGUGCUCCGUUUCGCAUACUUUGAUUUGGACUCAAACUCCGACCCUCCCAUGCUCCAAUGUGCAUGCUCGGAGCACGGUAGUAUGCAAUUUGAGAUACACCCAUUGACUACAUACCGCCUCUUUCACCACCCCAACUCAAGGUAAGACCACACACACACACACACACACACACACACACACAUAUGCAUACACACAUUAACCACACAGACCCUCACAUCCACCCCACCCUAAAGGUAGACACAAAUACAUUAAUAUUAUAUUGAUGUUUAUACUGGUGUUGGUGUUUAUACUGGUGUUGGUGUUGAUAUUUAUACUGGUGAUGGUGUUGAUGUUUAUACUGGUGUUGGUGUUGAUAUUUAUACUGGUGAUGGUGUUGAUGUUUAUACUGGUGAUGGUGUUGAUAUUUAUACUGGUGAUGGUGUCGAUGUUUAUACUGCCGUUGGUGUUGAUGUUUAUACUGGUGAUGGUGUUGAUGUUUAUACUGGUGAUGGUGUUGAUGUUUAUACUGGUGAUGGUGUUGAUGUUUAUACUGGUGAUGGUGUUGAUGUUUAUACUGGUGAUGGUGUUGAUGUUUAUACUGGUGAUGGUGUUGAUGUUUAUACUGGUGAUGGUGUUGAUGUUUAUACCGGUAUUGGUGUUGAUGUUUAUGCUGGUGAUGGUGUUGAUAUUUAUACUGCCGUUGGUGUUGGUGUUGAUGUUUAUACUGGUAUUGGUGUUGAUGUUUAUGUUGGUGAUGGUGUUGAUGUUUAUACUGGUGAUGGUGUUGAUGUUUAUGCUGGUGAUGGUGUUGAUGUUUAUACUGGUGAUGGUGUUGAUGUUUAUACUGCCGUUGGUGUUGGUGUUGAUGUUCAUAUUGUACUGUUCUUUUCUAUUGUUGCCGUUACUGUUGCAGGUGGAUUUCUUUGCCAUCGAGAUGCUGGACGGUCACCUAUACCUUCUAUUGGACAUGGGCUCAGGAACCACCAAGACCAAGGCCAUCGACAGGAAGGUCAACGAUGGCGAGUGGUACCACGUCGAUUUCCAGAGGGAUGGACGCUCAGGUAUCUGAUUUUAUUUAACCUUUAUUUAACCAGGCAAGUCGAUUAAGAGCGAUUCUUAUUUACAAUGACGGCCUGGCAAGUGGUGAGUGGGAAAGGUAACUUAACCUUUAUAUUAACAUUACCAUUUGAGCCAUUUAGCAGACUCAUUCUGAGCAACUUACAGUAAGUGUCAGUGCACCCUAUACAUUGAUCCCUCUUAACCCUAACGUUGUGUGUGUGUGUGUGUGUGUGUGUGUGUGUGUGUGUGUGUGUGCAUAUAGGUACUAUCUCAGUGAACUCACAGCGGACAGCGUACACUGCUCCAGGGGACAAUGAGAUUCUAGACCUGGAUGAUACUAUGUACCUGGGAGGAUUACCGGAGGACCGCCAAGGACUCAUCUUCCCUACUGAGGUGUGUGUGUGUGUGUGGACGUGUUUAACUAUUCUUGUGGGGACCAGAAGUCCAGUAGGGGGACCAGAAGUCCCCACAAGAAUAGUAAACAAACAAAAAUUUGACCAACUGGGGACAUUUUGUUAGUCCCUAAGAGGUCAAAUGCUAUUUCUAGGGGGUUUAGUGUUAAGGUUAGAAUUAGUGUUAAGGUUAGAAUUACGUUAAGGGUUAGGGUUAGGAGGUAGGGUUAGGUUUAGGUUUUUGGGUUAAGGUAAGGGUAAGGGUAAGAGUACGGGUUAGGGUUUAGGGUUGGGGAAAAUAGGAUUUUGAAUGGGACUGAAUUGUGUGUCCCCACAAGGUUAGCUGUGCAAGACUGUGUGUGUGUUUGUGUGUGUGUGUGUGUGUGUGUGUGUGUGUGUGUGUGUGUGUGUGUGUGUGUGUGUGUGUGUGUGUGUGUGUGUGUGUGUGUGUGUGUGUGUGUGUGUAUAAUCUGUCUCUCCUUCUCCCUGUAGGUGUGGACAGCGUUGUUGAACUAUGGAUAUGUGGGCUGUGUGAGAGACCUGUUUGUGGACGGUCAGAGUAAGGACAUCCGUCGUCUGGCUGAGGCUCAGAGAGCUGUGGGGGUGAAACCCUCCUGCUCCAGAGAGCCUCCUAAACAGUGUCUGUCCAACCCCUGCCAACACAGCGCCACCUGCAGGUACUGCUGCACUUCUACUUACUCAAGUCUACUCUACUGUACAGUAUGGGAAUAUGUUGAUGUGUGCUUGACUGUUUCUAAAGGACUAGACAGAGAGAAGACUUGUAGACAUAUUUACAGAAUGUAUUUCAUGUCAAUAAAGCACCUUGAAUUGACCCUUCGCUAAGCCCCGCCCCAGAAUUUUGGGCAACCAAUCUCAGCGCUUCAGUGGAUAACAACUGUUGCUAGCCAAGCUCGAGUCCAAUGCCUAGAACAAGCUCUCGUUUCAAACCAUAGAUAGACUGUAUGUUUCAAACGCAUGGAAGCCAAUGAGGGCAAUGGCAAAAACUGGGAUCUUUUAUUUUAUUAACAAUAAUUGAUUCCUGAAAUGCAGAGGCUGUAGAUUUAGUAUUUUUCAAAUCCGAAAUUAUACUUUUGCUGCAUUGUUUGCUAUCUGGUUAGCUAGCGCUCAUUGCAUGACCACAUUUUUAUAUUUUAGUCAUUUAGCAGACGCUCUUAUCCAGAGCGACUUACCGUUAGUGAGUGCAUACAUUUUCAUACUGGUCCCCCGUGGGAAUCGAACCCACAAACCUGGCGUUGCAAGCGCCAUGCUCUACCAACUGAGCUACAUGGGACCACCAUCGAAAACGUUGCUAACACUAGCUAGCUAGCCAGUUAUUAUAACUUGUUUUCUCCAAAUGUAUGUUAGCUAGCUUAUUCAGCAAUACUAUGAAUAUAAUUCUCAUCUGCUGUUGACAUCAGGAUACGAUUUGAGAGCACUAGUUAGCUCCAGAAGUGGUUAGUAGCUUUGACUGCAUGCUGACAGUGAAUUCAGAGCUAUCCAUUGGCUAGCCACACGACAAACUUCAUUUGACCAGGUUCCCAUAAAGCAAGUGUAAUGACAGUCCACCACAACUUCCCAGAGAGUCUCCUGAUUAGCGAUGGGUAGUCUUUGUUUAAUUUCAUUGUGUGUUAAAAACACAGUUUGAGAUCAUUGUGAGGGGAUUUUGCCAGUGGUUGAAUGAGGAAUUGGACUUCCGAAGUAGCAACAGUAACCAGGGGGGCGGUGCUUAGCGAAUGGUGAAUUGAAUGUAGGAAUUCCAGUGUGUCUGUAGUUUGAUCUACUCUAGCAUGACACUUGACUCGACACUUGACCUUUAACCCCAACCUCUGACCUCUGCAGGGAGGGCUGGAACAGAUAUGUGUGUGACUGCUCUGGGACCGGAUACCUGGGACGGGCCUGUGAGAGAGGUGAGGAGAGGGGGAAAGAGGGAGAGAUGGAGAGAGGGUGGAGGACGGGCGUGUUAUUUAAUCUCUGGUUUAUUUAAAGCAUUGUCUACUGUAUAGUUACUACCCCUGAACAGUCAUACUGAACCAAUACAACAUAGAAAAAGAGACAGACCGAGAGAGAUGGAAGAAGAUGGAGUGAGGGAUGGAUAAAUAUAAUCCCUUAGAGACUGAGAGAGAAAGAAAAGAAAGGAGAGGAGAUGAGUCAGAGAGAGGGAGGAGAGAGAUCACGUUGUCAGUGUCAAGCAGCUGAUUCCAUUACCACGAUAGUUAUUAGUCUUGCCAAUAUCUAACAAACACACACGCACCUCAGCUCUGUCCUCUACAGGGAGAUGGAAAUUGAACAAUUUGUGUGAAAGAGAGAGAACGAGAGGCAGUGAGAAAGGGAGAGAAUCAACCCCCGUAACUGGUGGAUCAGUAGAAGGAUGGACAGAUGGAGAAACAGUUGGAGAGAGUGAUUGCUCCCACCUUCUACCUGCGGUUUUACCUCUCUCCUUCUCUCUCUCUCUCCAUCUUUCUCCAUCCCACUCUCUUACUCAAUUCAAUUUCAAUUUAAGGGCUUUAUUGGCGUACGUUAACAUUGCCAAAGCAAGUGAAAUAGAUAAUAAACAAAAGUGAAAUAAACAAUAAAAAAUGAACAGUAAACAUUACACUCACAAAAGUUCCAAAAGAAUAAAGACAUUUCAAAUGUCAUAUUAUGUAUAUAUACAGUGUUGUAACAAUGUGCAAAUAGUUAAAGUACAAAUGGGAAAAUAAAUAAACAUAUAAAUAUAGUUUGUAUUUACAAUGGUGUUUGUUCUUCACUGGUUGCCCUUUUCUUGUGGUAACAGGUCACAAAUCUUGGUGCUUUGAUGGCACAUUGUGGUAUUUCACCCAGUAGAUAUGGGAGUUUAUCAAAAUUGGGUUUGUUUUCGAAUUCUUCGUGGAUCUGUGUAAUCUGAGGGAAAUAUGUGUCUCUAAUAUGGUCAUACAUUUGGCAGGAGUUUAGGAAGUGCAACUCAGUUUCGACCUCAUUUUGUGGGCAGUGUGCACAUAGCCUGUCUUCUCUUGAGAGCCAGGUCUGCCUUCGGCGGCCUUUCUCAAUAACAAGGCUAUGCUCACUGAGUCUGUACAUAGUCAAAGAUGUCCUUAAUUUUGGGUCAGUCACAGUGGUCAGGUAUUCUGGAUUUUGAUCAUUAGUGGGUAUCGGCCUAAUUCUGCUCUGCAUGCAUUAUUUGGUGUUUUACGUUGUACACAGAGGAUAUUUUUGCUGAAUUCUGCAUGCAGAGUCUCAAUUUGGUGUUUGUCCCACCCCGGACCUCACAACCAUAAAGGGCAAUGGGUUCUAUAACUGAUUCAAGUAUUUUUAGCCAGAUCCUAAUUGGUACAUCGAAUUUUAUGUUCCUUUUGAUGGCAUAGAAGGCCCUUCUUGCCUUGUCUCUCAGAUCGUUCACAGCUUUGUAGAAGUUACCUGUGGCGCUGAUGUUUUUUUGUGUGCUUUAGGGCAACGGUGUCUAGAUGGAAUUUGUAUUCGUAUUUUUUGGAACACCAUUAUUUUUGUCUUACUGAGAUUAACUGUCAGGGCCCAGGUCUGACAGAAUCUGUGCAGAAGAUCUAGGUGCUGCAGUAAGCCCUCCUUGGUUGGGACAGAAGCACUCUCUACCCCCUCUCACUCUCUCCCUCUCUCUACCCCCCCCCCCCCCCCCCUCUCUCUUCCCCCCCCCCCCCCCCCCUCUCUCUCCCUCUCUCUACCCCCCCUCUCUUUUUUAUGUUUUUUAUUGAACCUUUAUUUAACUAGGCAAGUCAGUUAAGAACAAAUUCGUAUUUACAAUGACGGCCUACCAAGAGGCAAAAUGCCUCCUGCGGGGACGGGGGCUGGGAUUUUUUUUAAAAUGUAGGACAAAACACACAACACUACAUAAAGAGAGACCUAAGACAACAACACAGCAUGGCAGCAACACAUGACAAAAACAUGGUAGCAAUACAACAUGGCAGCAGCACAACAUGGUAGCAGCACAAACAUGGUACAAACAUUGUUAGGCACAGACAACAGCACAAAGGGCAAAAAGGUAGAGACAACAAUACAUCACCCGAAGCAGCCACAACUGUCAGUAAGAGUGUCCAUGAUUGAGUCUUUGAUUGUGUAGAUGGAGAUAAAACUGUCCAAUUUGAGUUCCAGUCGCUAGCUGCAGUGAACUGAAAAGAGGAGCGACCCAGGGAUGUGUAUGCUUUGGGGACCUUUAACAGAUUGUGACUGGCAGAACGGGUGUUGUAUGUGGAGGAUGAGGGUUGCAGUAGGUAUCUCAGAUAGGGGGAGUGAGGCCUAAGAGGGUUUUAUAAAUAAGCAUCAACCAGUGUCUAGUAAUGGGUAUACAGAGAUGACCAGUUUACAGAGGAGUAUAGAGUGCAGUUAUGUGUCCUAUAAGGAGCAUUGGUGGCCAAUCUGAUGGCCAAAUGGUAAAGAACAUCUAGCCGCUCGAGAGCACCUUUACCUGCUGAUCUAUAAAUUACGUCUCCGUAAUCUAGCAUAGGUAGGAUGGUCAUCUGAAUCAGGGUUAGUUUGGCAGCUGGGGUGAAAGAGGAGCGAUUACGAUGGAGGAAACCAAGUCUAGAUUUAACCUUAGCCUGCAGCUUUGAUAUGUGCUGAGAGAAGGAGAGUGUACCGUCUAGCAAUACUCCCAAGUACUUGUAUGAGGUGACUACCUCAAGCUCUAAACCCUCAGAGGUAGUAAUCACACCGGUGGGGAGAGGGACAUUCUUCUUACCAAACUACAUGACCUUUCUUUUGGAGGUGUUCAGAACAAGGUUAAGGGCAGAGAAAGCUUGUUGGACACUAAGAAAGCUUUGUUGUAGAGCGUUUAACACAAAAUCCGGUGAGGGGCCAGCUGAGUAUAAGACUGUAUCAUCUGCAUAUAAAUGGAUGAGAGGGCUUCCUACUGCCUGAGCUAUGUUGUUGAUGUAAAUUGAGAAGAGCGUGGGGCCUAGGAUCGAGCCUUGGGGUACUCCCUUGGUGACAGGCAGUGGCUGAGACAGCAGAUGUUCUGACUUUAUACACUGCACUCUUUGAGAGCAGUAGUUAGCAAACCAGGCCAAAGACCCCUCAGAGACACCAAUACUCCUUAGCUAACCCACAAGAAUGGAAUGGUCUACCGUAUCAAAAGCUUUGGCCGAAUCAAUAAAAAUAGCAGCACAACAUUGCUUAGAAUCAAGGGCAAUGGUGUCAUAAUUUAGGACCUUUAAGGUUGCAGUGACAUCCACAAGGUUGAAGUGACAUCCAUAAGGUUGCAGUGACAUCCAUAAGGUUGCAGUGACAUCUGUGACAUCUAUAACCUCAGUUGAAACCAGAUUUCAUACCAGAGAGAAUACUAUAGACAAUAAGAUAGCCAGUCAGUUGAUUAUUGACAAGUUUUUCCAACACUUUUGAUAAACAUGGCAAAAUAGAAACUGUAACAGUUAGGAUCAGCUUGAUCUCCCCCUUUAAAUAAAGGAUGCACCGUGGCUGCCUUCCAAGCACUGGGAACCUCCGCUAGAGGAGAGACAGGUUAAAAAGGUCAGAGAUAGGCUUGGCGAUGAUAGGGGCUGCAACCUUAAAGAAGAAAGGAGCUAAACCAUGUGACCCAGAUGUUUUUUGGGGGUCAAGUUUAAGGACUUCCUUUAGCACUUCAGACUCAUUGACCGCCUGCAGGGAGAAACUUUGUAGCGGGACAGGGGAAAAAGAGGGAGGAGCAUCGGGGCUAGUCUCUUUAGAAGGGCUGGGAGAUGAGUAAAUGUUGGACGGGCAAGGAGGCAUGGCUGAGUCAAAUAGGAAUCCUGAUGGGCAAGGAGGCAUGGCUGAGUCAAAUAGGAAUCCUGAUUUAAUUAAGUGGUGAUUUUAAAGAGCUCAGCCAUGUGCUCCUUGUCAGUAACAACCAGAUCAUCAACAUUAAGGGACAUGGGCAGCUGUGAGGAGGAGGGUUUAUUCUCUAGGUCUUUCACCGUUUUCCAGAAUUUCUUGGGGUUAGACCCACAGAGAGAAAACUGCUCCUUAAAGUAGCUAACUUUAGACUUCCGGAUAGCCUGAGUGCACUUAUUUUUCAUUUGCCAGUCAUCCCUGAGUAUUUGUGUGCCGAGCGUUUCGCCAAAUUAUGUUCUUGAGGUGGAAUAACUCACGGUCGAACCAGGGGCUGAACCUGUUUUUAAUUCUCAUUUUCUUUAUGGGGGCGUGCUUAUGAACAAUACCACUGAAAAUAUCAAAAAAGAAAGUCCAAGCGUCUUUGACAGAGGGGAUCAAGCUGACUCUAUACCAAUUUACAGAGGCCAGGUUAUGAAGGAAGGCUUGCUCAUGAUAGUUUUUCAGCAAGCGUCUAUGACAAAUCAGGACAGGUCGUUUAACUGAGCAGCCUUUACAAACACAGGCUGUAAAACAGUGAUCACUAAGGUCAUUACAGAAAACAUCAGACUGAUACCUAUCAGGAUUAUUUGUGAGGGUAACAUCAAGGAGAGUAGCCUUUUCUGGGUGUUUGGAGUCAUACCUUGUGGAUUGGUAAUAAUCUGAGAGAGAUUUAGGGAGUCCCAUUGCUUUAGGACUUGGUCAGGUGGUUUAAGCAUUUCCCAGUUUAGGUCACCUAGCAGGACAAAUUCAGACUUAGUGUAAGGGGCCAGGAGAGAGCUUAGUGUACAGGCCGGUGCUGAUGGAGGACGAUAACACCCAGCAACAGUCAACAAAGAGCUAUUUGAAAGCUUAAUGCUUAAAACCAGCAAAUCAAAUUGUUUGGGGACAGAAUUGGUGGAGACAACCGAGCCAUGAAGGUGUUCCUUGGUAAAGAUUGCCAAUCCACCACCUUUGGAAGAUCUGUCUUGCUGAAAAAAGUUAGAACCAGAAAGGUUAACAUCAGUGUUCAAAACACUCUUUCUUAACCACGUCUCAGUAAUGACCAACACAUCUGGAUUGAAGCUGUGAACCCACACUUUCAAUUGAUCCAUCUUAGGUAAUAAGCUUCUAGUGUUAACGUGUAGAACCCCCCCCCCCCCCCCUCUCUCUCUCUCUCUUUCUUUCAGGUGCUCUGGCGGAGUACCAUUUCCUCAUUUCAUUUAGUCAGCUGUUUAGAAAUUACACAGCGUGUGUGUGCGUAUGUGUUGGUGUUAGUUAUGUUAUCGUGAUAUAACAGGCUAACCUCCAGUUAAUGAGGGUUCAUUAGCAUUUUAGCCAACAGCUUUUCUUCUGCUCUUCCUCUGUCUUUCUUGCUCUCCUUCUCCCUAUCUCUCCUUCGCUCUGUCCUUGCUCGCUUUACUGAGCACUCUUCUGUUCCCUCUGAAAUUCACUCACUUAUUCACACACACACACACACACACUCUGAGCUCAUUAGUAUUCAUGAGACCUUCUCUCUUCCUGUUCUCUUGUUUUUGCCUGCAACAGUGUCCCACGGGGAGGGAGGGAGGGAGGGAGGGAGGGAGAGAGGGAGAGAGGGAGAGAGGGAGGGAGAGAGGGAGGGAGGGAGAGAGGGAGAGAGGGAGAGAGGGAGAGAGGGAGAGAGAGACCUGAAACACUGACACUCACCACUAGAGAGAGAGAGAUCAAAGAAAGGAAGAGGCAUAGGAACAAGUGUAGAAUCAUCUCUCUCUCUCUCAGCAAUCACAUGGAAAACAGCUUUGAAUUGAAUAUUUUCUGGAAUUUAAAUCAAACUGGAGACACUGGUUUGAUCUGGUCUCGUCUGGACUGGUCUUUUCUGGUCACUGCCUGAUGUUAAUAACUUCCCCUCCCUCCCCCCUUUCUAGAUGCCACCAUCCUAUCCUAUGAUGGUAGUAAGUUUAUGAAGGUCCAGUUGCCCGUAGCGAUGCACACUGAAGCAGAGGACGUGUCGCUACGUUUUCGUUCCCAGCGGGCCUACGGUGUUCUCAUGGCAACAACAUCACGGAACUCAGCCGACACGCUCCGACUGGAGCUGGAUGGGAGCCGUGUCCGCCUCAAUGUCAACCUAGGUACACACACAUACCACUACACCAUACUACACAACAUACACUUCACUAGGUACACACACAUACCACACUAUCAACCUAGGUACCACACCACAUACACACUAUCAACUAGGUACACACACAUAUCACACUAUCAACCAUAGGUACACACACAUACACCACUAUCAACCUAGGUACACACAUACCACACUAUCAAACCUAGGGUACACAAACCCAUACACACUAUCAAACCUAGGUACACACACAUACACCUAUCAACCUUAGGUACACACACCAAAUACCACUAUCAACCUAGGUACACACACAACACACUAUCAACCUAGGUACACACACAUACACCACUAUCACCCAUAGGUACACACACAUACACACUAUCAACCUAGGUACCCACACACCACCUAGGUACACACCAUACACCACGCUCAACCUAGGUACACACACAUUACCACCACUAUUCAACCUAGUCACACAUACACACACACCUAGGUACCACCCAACACACUUCAACCUAGGUACACACACAUACACACUUAUCAACCUAGGUACACACACAUACACACUAUCAACCUAGGUACACACACAUACACACUAUCAACCUAGGUACACACUAUCAACCUAGGUACACACUAUCAACCUAGGUACACACACAUACACACUAUCAACCUAGGUACACACACAUACACACUAUCAACCUAGGUACACACACAUACACACUAUCAACCUAGGUACACACACAUACACACUAUCAACCUAGGUACACACACAUACACACUAUCAACCUAGGUACACACACAUACACACUAUCAACCUAGGUACACACACAUACACACUAUCAACCUAGGUACACACACAUACACACUAUCACUAGGUACCACACAUACACUAUCAACCUAGGUACACACACAUACCACUUCAACCUAGGUACACACACAUACACACUAUCAACCUAGGUACACACACAUACACACUAUCAACCUAGGUACACACACAUACACACUAUCAACCUAGGUACACACACAUACACACUAUCAACCUAGGUACACACACAUACACACUAUCAACCUAGGUACACCCCAUACACACUAUCCUGUACACACACAUACAAUAUCAACUAGGUACACACACAUACACACUAUCAACCUAGGUACACACACAUACACACUAUCAACCUAGGUACACACACAUACACACUAUCAACCUAGGUACACACACAUACACACUAUCAACCUAGGUACACACACACAUACACACUAUCAACCUAGGUACACACACAUACACACUAUCAACCUAGGUACACACACAUACACACUAUCAACCUAGGUACACACACAUACACACUAUCAACUAGGUACACACACAUACACACUAUCAACCUAGGUACACACACAUACACACUAUCAACCUAGGUACACACACAUACACAACUAUCAACCUAGGUCCAACUACACACUAUCACCAGGUACACACACAUACACCUACAAACCUAGGUACACACACAUACACACUAUCAACCUAGGUACACACACAUACACACUAUCAACCUAGGUACACACACAUACACACUAUCAACCUAGGUACACACACAUACACACUAUCAACCUAGGUACACACACAUACACACUAUCAACCUAGGUACACACACAUACACACUAUCAACCUAGGUACACACACAUACACACUAUCAACCUAGGUACACACACAUACACACUAUCAACCUAGGUACACAACAUACACACUAUCAACCUAGGUACACACACAUACACACUAUCAACCUAGGUACACACACAUACACACUAUCAACCUAGGUACACACACAUACACACUAUCAAACCUAGGUACACACACAUACACCACUAUCAACCUAGGUACACACACAUACACACUAUCAACCUAGGUACACACACAUACACACUAUCAACCUAGGUACACACACAUACACACUAUCAACCUAGGUACACACACAUACACACUAUCAACCUAGGUACACACACAUACACACUAUCAACCUAGGUACACACACAUACACACUAUCAACCUAGGUACACACACAUACACACUAUCAACCUAGGUACACACACAUACACACUAUCAACCUAGGUACACACACAUACACACUAUCAACCUAGGUACACACAUACACUAUCAACCUAGGUACACACACAUACACACUAUCAACCUAGGUUACACACAAUACACACUAUCAACCUAGUACACACACAUACACACUAUCAACCUAGGUACACACACAUACACACGUAUCAACCUAGGUACACACACAUACACACUAUCAACCUAGUACACACACAUACACACUAUCAACCUAGGUACACACACCAUACACACUAUCAACCUAGGUACACACACAUACACACUAUCAACCUAGGUACACACACAUACACACUAUCAACCUAGGUACACACACAUACACACUAUCAACCUAGGUACACACACAUACACACUAUCACCUAGUACACACACAUACACACGAUCAACCUAGGUACACACAUACACAUACCUAGGUACCACUAUCAACCUAGGUACACACACAUACACACUAUCAACCUAGGUACACACACAUACACACUAUCAACCUAGGUACACACACAUACACAACUAUCAACUAGGUACACACCAAUACACACUAUCAACCUAGGUACACACACAUACACACUAUCAACCUAGGUACACACAUACACACUAUCAACCUAGGUACACACACAUACAACCUAUCAACCUAGGUACACACACAUACACACUAUCAACCCUAGGUAACACACAUACACACUAUCACCUAGGUACACACACAUACACACUAUCAACCUAGGUACACACACAUACACACUAUCAACCUAGGUACACACACAUACACACUAUCAACCUAGGUACACACACAUACACACUAUCAACCUAGGUACACACACAUACACACUAUCAACCUAGGUACACACACAUACACACUAUCAACCUAGGUACACACACAUACACACUAUCAAACCUAGGUACACACACAUACACACUAUCAACCUAGGUACACACACAUACACACUAUCAACCUAGGUACACACACAUACACACUAUCAACCUAGGUACACACACAUACACACUAUCAACCUAGGUACACACACAUACACACUAUCAACCUAGGUACACACAUACACACUAUCAACCUAGGUACACACACAUACACACUAUCAACCUAGGUACACACACAUACACACUAUCAACCUAGGUACACACACAUACACACUAUCAACCUAGGUACACACACAUACACACUAUCAACCUAGGUACACACACAUACACACUAUCAACCUAGGUACACACACAUACACACUAUCAACCUAGGUACACACCACAUACACACUAUCAACCUAGGUACACACACAUACACACUAUCAACCUAGGUACACACACAUACACACUAUCAACCUAGGUACAACACCACAUACACACUAUCAACCUAGGUACAACACACAUACACACUAUCAACCUAGGUACACCACACAUACACACUAUCAACCUAGGUACACACAACAUAACACACUAUCAACCUAGGUACACACACAUACACACUAUCAACCUAGGUACACACACAUACACACUAUCAACCUAGGUACCCACACAUACACACUAUCAACCUAGGUCACACACAUCACCUAUCAACCUAGGUACACACUAUCAACCUAGUACACACACAUACACACUAUCAACCUAGGUACACACACAUACACACUAUACAACCUAGGUACACAACACAUACACACUAUCAACCUAGGUACACACACAUACACCACUAUCAACCUAGGUAACACAAACAUACACACUAUCAACCUAGGUACACACACAUACACACUAUCAACCUAGGUACACCACACAUACACACUAUCAACCUAGGUACACACACAUACACACUAUCAACCUAGGUACACACACAUACACACUAUCAACCUAGGUACACACACAUACACAUAUCAACUAGGGUACACACACAUACACACUAUCAACCUAGGUACACACACAUACACACUAUCAACCUAGGUACACAACACAUCAACUAUCAACCUGUCCACACCAUACACACUAUCAACCCUAGGUUACACACACAUACACACUAUCAACCUAGGUACACACACAUACACACUAUCAACCUAGGUACACCACAAUACACACUAUCAACCUAGGAUCCACACAUACACUAUAAACCUAGGUACACACACAUACACACUAUCAACCUAGGUACACACACAUACACACUAUCAAACCUAGGUACACACACAUACACACUAUCAACCUAGUACACACACAUACACACUAUCAACCUAGGGUACACACACAUACACACUAUCAACCUAGGUACACACACAUACACACUAUCAACCUAGGUACACACACAUACACACUAUCAACCUAGGUACACACACUAUCACACUAUACACCACAAAACACCAUAUCAACCUAGGUACCACCAUCACUAUCAACCUAGGUACACACACAUACACACUAUCAACCUAGGUACACACACAUACACACUAUCAACCUAGGUACACACACAUACACACUAUCAACCUAGGUACAACACAUACACACUAUCAACCUAGGUACACACACAUACACACUAUCAACCUAGGUACACACACAUACACACUAUCAACCUAGGUACACCACACAUACACACUAUCAACCUAGGUACACACACAUACACACUAUCAACCUAGGUACACACACAUACACACUAUCAACCUAGGUACACACACAUACACACUAUCAACCUAGGUACACACACAUACACACUAUCAACCUAGGUACACACACAUACACACUAUCAACUAGGUACACACACAUACACACUAUCAACCUAGGUACACACACAUACACACUAUCAACCUAGGUAACACACAACAUACACACUAUCAACCUAGGUACACACACAUACACACUAUCAACCUAGGUACACACACAAUUACACACUAUCAACCUAGGUACACACAACAUACACACUAUCAACCUAGGUACACACACAUACACACUAUCAACCUAGGUACCACACACUAUCAACUAGUACACACAUA